AUGGAUUUGUCCAAUCCUUUACCUUGUUCUUCCCAGGAGCAUUCUGAAGACGCCAGAACCACUCCCUUCAUAGGAUUUUACCCAAAGUCAGCUAUACCCACCAGAAAAAGUACCCUCAAAAGAAACUAUACCCGUUCCAAACCCAUCAAUGUCAAGGAAUUCGAAUCCGCAUUUGAAGAACACGCCUCCACGGAUCGCACUCGACAAGCAUCAACAACGCCCGCCGCUGAACCUUUGUCACUGGAAAGCCCAGACACAUCUUACUAUGCAUUGGAAGAAGCCGAGUACUCUGACACGGCUAAAUUGACAGCUAACAUUGCCGAUGUCGCUCGAGAUGAAUCGCCUCCACCGUCUUUUCAAUCAUUUCGCCCGUACGAGCCUGCUCCCGUCAGUGCGGACGAAGAUUUCAAAAAGCGGCAAUCGAUCCGUGAACAAGUACAGCAACAUCAACCUUUACAUACCAUGGCUGCCGCUAUUCGUCGCUUGUCAAGACGGGUGGUCAAUAUGAAUAAUUUGGCCGACGUUUCCCCGCGUCCCCAUCGAACAUCAAUUAUGCUGCCGAUUCAGGAACCAGUGAAACCGGUAUCACACGAAGACCGACUCAUUUCAACCGUGGAAGAAGUGAUCCCCUUGACCGUGACUUCAUCCAAGAGCAGUACCCGACCGUUAUUACCCACCAACGAUGCAGCACCACCGUCCGAGAAUAGAAACGAAAAGGAUGCCGCCAAAGAACCCGUGCUUAUCAGUAACGAGAUCUAUCUGGUUGGCAACAGUUGUGGCAUCUUUUCUCCCGAAAAUCCACUUCGUCAAUGGAUCGCCCGAUUACUCUGCUGGCAAUGGACAGAGACAUUGAUCAUGCUACUCAUUGCACUUCAUGGUACGAUCCUAUUGGUAGUGGGUUGGGGCACGGAUCCCACGCCUGAACCGGCAAAAACAUGGGGCGAAACAUGGGAUCAGUAUGCUCUUCUGGUCAUCUUUUGCUUGUACACGUUGACCGCCAUUGCUCGUAUUAUCGUUUAUGGCUUGAUCCGCAAUCCUCGUCAACGCAAAGAAUCCGCGUUACCGAAAGCGUACUUGCGACACAGCUGGAACCGCAUCGACUUUGUCGCGGUGAUUUCGUACUGGAUCCAUUUGGCACUAUUAUGCACCCAUCAAGAAAUUGUCGAUGAGACACGACGCAUCCUGGUGUUCAAAAUGAUGUCGGCCAUUCUUCUCUUACGUUUACUGAAUGUCACUGCAGGCAGUAAAGUCAUUCUUCACAGUUUGAAAAAGGCCGGACCCCUACUAGUGCGCGUGCUCUUUUUCGUCGGUUUCUUCUUUAUCAUUUUUGCCAUUAUCGGGGUUCAAUGCUUUAAGGGCUCUUUUUUGCGUCAUUGCGUUUGGACAGGCAAGUCCCCCACCCUUGAAGAUGUCUCUACAGAACCAUUCCUGUAUUUACUUUUAUUUUUUAUUUUUCAUCCAGAUCCUGAGGAUCCAUCGCAUCAUGAAGAAUUGCAGCAAUACUGUGGCGGAUACAUGGAAAAUGGCCAAGUACAGCCGUUUAUAUUGAAGAACGGAGAAAGAGGGCCUUGGUCGAAAGGGUUCAUCUGUUCCGAAGGAUUGGUGUGUCGUGAAACCGAAAAUCCCUUUGGUAAUACCAUCAGUUUUGAUAACAUUUUCUCUUCCAUGCUCAUGGUCAUGAUUAUUACUGGAGAUCAAACGUGGACAGAUCGAAUGUAUGACAUGAUGGAUGCGGAUUAUUUUGUUGCGUGCCUUUACUUUAUCGUGAUUGUCAUUGUUAUGAAUUUCUGGCUCAUCAAUCUGUUUGUGGCGGUGAUUAAUGAAAUGUUUGCCAAAGUACGUGAAGACUCGCAGCACUCUGCUUUUACCACAUCGACUCGUCGACCUGUGUUGGCCGAUGCAGACGAAGGCUGGUCCUUUGGCGAUGGGGUGAAAAAGCAAGUAGAGAAACCGUCGUUGUUUGCCAUCGUCGUCACCAAAAUGCGUCCUUUCUGGAUUGUCCUGGUAGCCGUCGACCUUAUUGUAAUGGCCUCGAAGAAUAACGACAUGUCACCCGACUAUCUUGAGCUUCUAAGCAAAGUGGAGCUGGGAUUUUCUCUUGCUUUUCUGCUCGAGAUCCUUUUGCGACUCGCGAGCCAACGACGCCACUUGAAGGUGUUUUUCCAAGAUACCAUGAAUCGGGCCGAUUUGUUGAUUGCCGUAGUAACCUGCAUUAUCUGGAUUCCUCCCAUCCACGAUCAUCAACUGGUGUAUGCAUGGUUGUCUGGUUUCCAAGUCCUGCGUAUCUAUCGCAUCGUCGUAGCGAUUCCGCGUAUGCGUAGUUUAAUGGCCUUUCAACUCUUUGAGGGAGUAUUGAAUGAUAGUGACAACGAGAUGCGCUUCUUUUCCAUUUACAAUUCGUUUGCUGCAUUGUAUCAGCUUUUCUCGGGCGAGGAUUGGACCACCGUUUUAUACGAUGCCAUGGAAGCCGGCGCACCCACAGGAAAUGCCGCUGUUCAUGCCACAUUUUUGGUCCUGUGGUUUGCCUUUUCCAACUUUGUGCUUGUCAAUAUGUUUAUUGCCAUCCUCAUGGAAAAUUUUGAGACGGCCGAGGAGCAAAAGCGAGAGCGGCAAGUGCAGCAUUUCAUCCAGACGACCGAGGUGCAACUGGACAGUUCCGAUGUGACGAGCCGAUGGAACAUUUACCGUCAUUUCCGUGAACAACCCAAAGGUGUGACCAUCAAUAACAUGCCUACCAAUCUUGUUUUACCCGUACGAAAGAACGUCAUUCGAGAGUUCAUGAAUGGCCCCGCAGAAAGUACCGUGCUUUUGGAUAAAAAGCCCAAGGAUGAACCGAAUUCAAAAGCCAAAGAAGAAGAGGGUGGAUGGAUUGCGAAAGUACGCCACACGCUCAGUCGACUUCUCACGCACAGUCAUCGCCAUGACAAUACGUCCACGGUCUUUACGACGAAUAAUACGACAGGCGGACGGAUCAUCAAUUCGGAUAAUCUCAGCGCGUUUGAACUGCUCAGCUUAUUUCACGAUAAUAUGAAUCGCAGCAAUACCAACAAUGGAUCGCAAACGUUGCGUGACGUUAUUUCCAAUUUGCAAGAGACCGCCGUCGCACGGUCGGCCGAAACUACCCAGCAUGAUCUCGAAGAACGGCGUGCGCUCAAGCAAGAGUUUAUUUUGAACCAUCCCACGUACGACAAGUCAUUGUAUAUUUUUUCGCAAAGCAACCUCAUUCGACGAUGGUGCCAACUCCUUGUGCCGCCGAGUCGCGGUGAACGAAUGUACGGCACGGCGCCUUCGCGUAUCGGGAGUCUGAUAUUUUCCGUCAUCAUUGUAUGCUGCGUUGUGACCAACGUGGUGCUCACGGUGUAUAACUCGCCCGUGUAUCAAUUCGAGCAUCGUCAUGAUCCCGACAAAUUGAAACGGCUGGCUCACGCCGAUUGGGCAUUUACGGUGAUUUUUACGGUGGAGCUGGUGGUGAAAAUCAUUGCGGAUGGUGUACUGUGGACACCCAAUGCUUAUUUGCACAAUGGGUGGAAUAUUCUGGAUCUAUUCGUGCUCGUUACUCUGUACAUGUCCAAUUUUGGCAAAUUUGCGGCCUCAACCGGUCUCGAACGUGGUUUUCGUGCCUUUAAAGCGUUGCGAGCACUCCGCUUGAUCAAUUUACUGAAUCCGGCCAAGAUUAUGUUCACGUCGAUCCUUGUCACGGGUUUACCUCGAAUUCUCGAUGCGGCGGCCCUGGGCAUCUGUCUGAUUGUGCCUUUUGCGCUGUACGGUCAAAACGUGUUUCAAGGUCUGUUUUAUCAGUGCAAUGAUGACGAUGAUCUCAUUGGCAACAAAAGUAUGUGCGUCUAUGAGGCCAUGUUGGAAACUCAGGAACCCAUGCCGGACGGAUCGGAAAUCUACAAACCACGCGUGUGGUCGAAUCCGUACGUGUAUAGUUUUGACUCGUUUUGGAAGUCGCUGCUAGUGUUAUUUGAGAUCGCGAGCGGUGAAGGGUGGGUGGAUGUGAUGGAGACGAGCAUGUCGAUUGUGGGCCGAGACCAAAGUCCGCAACAGGAUGCGAGCCAGCUGGCGGGCAUCUUUUUCAUGGUGUACAACUUGGCCGGAUCCGUCUUUGUGAUUUCGCUGUUUUUGGGAGUGGUGCUUGAAAACUUUGCCAAGCGUAACGGCACAGCUUAUCUUACGGCGGAUCAGCGUCGUUGGUUGGAUCUUAAAAAGCUGCUCAACCAAUUACGACCUGCGAAACGGCCCAAAGUGAUUCCGACCGGCCGAUUUCGACGGAAAUGUUACGAUGUGGUGGUGGAAAAGCGCGGCAAAUUCUACAAAGUGAUGACGGCUAUUAUUAUCAUCAACAUUCUCAUGCUGUGCACCGAUACCGAUCACGAUGACAGUGUGCCUGGACUCACGGAGAUCAAAAGUUAUGUGUAUCUUGGGUUCAUCUUUAUCUAUUGGAUUGAGAUUUCCAUCAAACUAUUUGGUCUUGGAUGGAACUCUUUUCGGCGCAACGGGUGGAACUUGUACGACUUGGUGGUAGUGAUUGGAAGUGCUAUCAGUGUGAUUGCAACUCUUGGAUCGCAGGUGCACCAAGUCAAUGUGGAAUCACAAAAGCUUUUCAUGACGGCGCUGUGUUUCAAGCUAGUGCAAAGAAGUGAUAGUUUGAACCAACUGUUUACGACGAUGCUUGCUUCGUGUUGGCAGAUUCUCAACGUGUUUGCAGUUUGGUUUGUUGUGAUGACGACAUAUGCCAUCAUGUUUAUGGAAAUCUUUGGUUUGACUAAAUAUGGCAGUCAAGCAACCACGGAACACAUCAACUUUCGAAGCUACGCCAAUACCAUGACUUCCCUCGUACGCUAUUCCACAGGAGAGGCAUGGAACUCGGUGAUGCAUGAUUUUACCGUGGAGUAUCCCAACUGCCAUGUGGCUGAUAAUUACCUGGAUUCGGAUUGCGGCUCGCUGCGUUGGGGCUAUUUCCUGUUCUUAUCCUUCAACAUUAUCUCCAUGUACAUCUUUACCGCCAUUUUCCUGGCCGUCGUCGCCGACAAUUUCUCUUAUGUCUAUCAAGUGGCCGCCAAUUUCUCGCUGGUGAACCGAGAUGAAAUCAGAAAAUAUCCUUUUUUUUUUUUGGGAAACAGAGGAGAGAAUGGAGGGAGUGGAUGUCAAGGGAGAUGCUGGAUAGGCGGAUGGAGCAUAACUUGGGCCGACUUUGACUUGGAUCGUACCGGGUUUAUUUCAUCCAAACAUUACAUGGCGUUCUGGCGGCAAUUGAGUGGCAUCUUUUCGGUGCGAAUCUACGACCCAGAAAUAUCAUACAAAAAUCUUGUGAGCAAAUGUAUGAUUGAGGAAGCGGUGGGUAGUGCCACCGAUGAUCCCUACCGUAUCAAGGUAGAUCUGGCAAAACUGAGUGAAUUACUACGUCCUUUGGACAAACCCACCAUCCAUGCACGCAAACGGGAUCUCGAUAUGCUUUAUUGGGAAGCGGCCAUGGUGGAGUCCAGUAAAGGCGUGUCGUUCAAUCAGAUGUUGCUCAUGUUGGUUCAACGAAAACUGAUUGUACCUGAAAACGCGCUUGUCGUCGAAGAACUAUUGGCGAAUCGAAUGAAAGAUGACACCAUCAAGAAACUCAUCAGCAUCGAUCGCGUCAUUGGUUUGAUCGAAACGGUCGUGUUACGAAAGAAAUUCCUGCGACAUCUGGAAGCGAAAAACAUGAAAAUGGUGGCUGGUGUCAUGAAAGAUAACUGGUCACAAAAGCUGGGAAGAAAAAAAAAAUCCCAGGCAUCAAAAAAAAAGAAUAAUUUUUCUUGCGAGCAUCCGUUUUGGCACAAGUGCAUCGAUUGCGAGAACUUUUCAACCAUGGCGGCCCCUGACAAGAAGCACAAUAAGGGCAAUUCAAAGGGCAACUCAACGCACCAAAAGAACGACGGUAAACGUUUCAACCGCUCGGAGAAGCCCUCGAAAAAGCAGGACAAGCGUCAACAGCCAAAGAGCGCUCCUGGCAAUGACAAGACGUCCCGACCCUCAUCCGCCGAGAAAUCCACCAAAGCGAAAGCAGACGACGACAAGUUGCUUCAGGAAAUUCUUGCCCUGGGCGGUACCAAGGGCGAUGUCAAAUUCUUGGAAUCGAUCGAUAUGGACGAUAGUCAAGAUCUUGUAACCGCUGCCUCGGGAGAUGCUGAUGCUGAAUUGCAAAGCUUCAUUAGCAGCAUUGGCUUGAAAUCGGAUCAAUGUGAAACUGUGGAUGACAAUGAGGUGGAGGCUGCAGCACCAGCAGAGGACGACGACGACGACGAUGACGAGGAGGAGGAAGAGGAAGAAGAAGAAGAAGAGGAAGAAGAUAGUGAAAAUGACGAUGAUGAGGAAGAAGAGGAGGAAGAGGAAGCGGAAGACGAGCAAGAAAGCCCCGUGACCCAACCUCUGAAACAGCAGACACCGACUCGAUCCAAUAAGCAAUUGUUGAUGGAUCCUACACCGCAUUGGCACAAGGUCGCAUUACCGGCGAUUGCAGUGGAAGGUGUGCAACGUUUGCCGGCGAACGAAGUGGCUGUCAAAUACGGUUAUGCGAUGAAGUUGCUGGAAGAGGAAAAUGAGAAGGCUGAGAAACAUGGACUGCUUUCAUCAUCUGACCGGUCUUUCAUGUCAAAUAUUUUGACCUCCGGUACUUUGAACGAUAAGAUUUCGGCCUUGACAUUAUUGAUCCAAGAAUCACCAUUGCACGCGUUGAAGACCUUGGAUACGAUGAUGACCAUGACCAAGAAGAAGGGCCGAAAGGAAGCGGUGAUGGCCAUCAUGAGCUUGAAAGAUUUGUUUGUGGGCUCAAUGUUACCGGAUCGAAAGCUGACUUACUUUGCUGACCGCCCCCUGGCCAGUAACGACGUGCAGGAUAAACAUCUGUUAUUGUGGGUCUUUGAGGAUCGUCUAAAAAAGACUUACUUUGAGUUCGUGCAGCAAAUUGAGGCUUUAUCACACGAUACAUUAAUGCAUGUCCGAUACAGCAUGGUGAAAUGCAUGCAUGAUCUCCUGAAGGGUAAAGCUGAGCAAGAGCAAAAUUUGUUGAAAUUGUUGGUGAACAAAUUGGGUGAUGCGGAGAACAAGGUGGCAGCCAAAGCUUCGCAAAUGUUGACCGAGUUACUGGUGGCCCAUCCUGGCAUGAAGAUGUAUGUGGUGCGAGAAAUCGAGCAACUCCUCCUGCGGCCCAACGUCACGGAGCGUGCGCAGUAUUAUGCCAUCAUUACACUUAAUCAAACGAUUUUGACGGGCAAGGAUACGGCGGUUGCCAACAAAUUGAUCGACAUGUACUUUGUCUUUUUCCGACAGAUCCUGAAACUCUCGGAAAAGCAUGAGAAAGACGCCAAUAAAGCGGCGAAAGAAGAGGCCAAGAAACAACAGCAACAGCAACAACAACAGCAAAAGCAAAAGCACGGUAAAAGCAAGAAGAAUAAAAAGAACGACACCUCGGCUCCCGUUGUGCAAGUGGAUGAACUUCACGCCAAAAUGAUGGCAGCCAUUUUGACCGGUGUUAAUCGUGCAUUCCAUUUUGCCCAAAUGUCGGAUGAUAUCGUUGACACUUCGUCGGACCGAUUUUAUCGAACUUUGUACGAAUCGAUGCUGGACCCCCGACUGGUCACAAGUUCCAAACACGCUAUGUAUCUCAAUUUACUCUUCAAAGCGAUCCAAGCCGACUCCGACACCAAGCGGGUGAAAGCGUUUGUCAAGCGCAUGGUACAAAUUGCAUGCUAUCAUCAGCCGACCUUUAUUUGUGGUAUUUUCUACAUUCUAAGUCAGUUAAUGACACAGCAGCGUGGAUUGCGUGCUAUGUUAACGACGCCGGAAGAGGAUGAUGAAGAGGAGCAUUUUGUGGAUCAAGCAAGCGAAGGUUUCGAGAAGGAAGAAUACACGUCUUCCAGCUUAAAGAAUGCGUACGAUGGAAGAAAACGAGACCCUCGAUUUAGCAAUGCCGAAAAGAGUUGUCUCUGGGAGCUGAUACCAUUUAAAGAUCAUUAUCAUCCAAGCGUGGCGAAAUAUGCUGAAAUUCUGCUCAAGGGCGAGAAAAUUAAAGAUCAGCCUGAUCUGCAUCAUCACACGCUGAUGCAUUUCUUGGACAGAUUUGUAUACCGUAAUCCGAAGAAACAAGCAACUACCAAGGGUUCGUCCAUCAUGCAACCGUUGGGCAGUCGACGGGACGGCGGAGUCAUGUUCACACGCGGUGGUGGUGUAUCGCAGACCAGUGUUGCACUGAACUCGGAAACUUUCUGGCGCCAACAAGUGAAAGAUGUGCCUGUCGAUGAGGUCUUUUUCCAUAAAUAUUUUACACAAAAGGCAUCGGGUGCCCCUGACCAGCAAGCGAAGAAAACGAAACAAGGGGGUGAUGAAGAAGAUGAAGAAGAAGAUGAAGUUUGGCGUGCCAUGGUGUCAUCUAUACCCGGUAAUUUGGAUAAUGAUGAAGAAGAUGAUGUCGAUGUAGACGAAGAUGAAGACGAUUAUGACGACGAGGAAAUGCGGGCUUUAAUGAUGGAAGACAGUGAAGGAGAAGUCGAGCCUGAAAUUGGAUCGGAGCCGGAAGGCGAAGACAAUGGAUCGAUGGAUGACUUUGAAAUGUUGGAGUUCUCAGACAUGGACGAAGAGGAGCAGGAAGCCUCGGCGACCACGAAACGAAAACUGAUGGAUGCCGACAUGGAAGAAGUCGAAGACGAUACUUCAUCACACAAGAAACAGAGAAAACAGAAGAAACCUCGAUUACCUACGUUUGCUUCAUAUGAAGAUUACGCCAAACUGUUGGAAGGCGAUGAGGAUGAGGAUUAA